AUGGGCCGCGCGGUCGCGGGCAGCCGGGGCCGCUGCAGGCAGCGGAACCGGUCCCCGGGGAGAGAUCGACGACGACGACGACGGCGACGACAUCCCCGGCAGCAAAGCCCUAGGAGGCGCCAGCAUCCUUGCAAGCGUAAAGCCGGCGCUGGCCGCCGCCUGAGGGCGCAUAAUCCUCGGCUCUCCAACAAACCCGGAGUCUCAACGCGGGACCUUCCGGAGUGCUCUACCUCUUCAGAUCUGGGCCUGUGUGCGUCCCGCGAUGAUUGGCGCUGUGCGCGCUCUAUGCACGAAUUCUCAGCCAAGGACAUCGACGGAAACAUGGUUUGCCUGGAUAAGUACAAGGGCUUCGUGUGCAUCGUCACCAACGUGGCCUCCCAAUGAGGCAAAACCGACGUAAACUACACUCAGCUCGUGGAUCUGCACGCCCGCUACGCUGAGUGUGGUUUACGCAUCCUGGCGUUCCCCUGCAACCAAUUUGGGAGGCAGGAGCCAGGAAGUAACCAGGAAAUUAAGGAGUUUGCAGCAGGCUACAACGUUAAAUUCGACAUGUUCAGCAAGAUCUGUUGCAAUGGGGACGACGCCCACCCGCUGUGGAAGUGGAUGAAAGUCCAGCCUAAGGGGAGGGGCAUGCUGGGAAAUUCCAUCAAGUGGAAUUUUACCAAGUUCCUCAUUGAUAAAAACGGCUGCGUGGUGAAACGUUAUGGCCCCAUGGAGGAGCCCCUGGUAAUAGAGAAGGACCUUCCGUGCUAUCUUUAGCCCCUACAAGCAUUUGCCCCGCCGAGCCCCUUCACCCUGUGUCCCUGGAGCCUUCCACCCCGGCACUCAUGACGGCCUGCCUGCAAACCAGUCCGCUGGUGAGGUAGACCUGAGGAACUGGCGUGCACCCCGCCGGAGGAAGGCCCCCAAGGUCCGUGGGCCCUGGGUUCGAAUCCCACCCUGACUGCCUUGUGGGAAUAAAAUGUAGAAAUAA